CUUUGGAGUCCCAGCACCGCUAUCGUCCUUUACCAAGUGGCCAUGAUCAAACAAAGCCCCAAACGCAUCUGCUUCGGCAUCCUUGUCCCUUCUUCUAAUACCGUGCUGGAACCUCUUACACAACAAAUCGUCUCUCAGCUGGACAACGUCUCCGUCCAUUUCUCGCGCUUCCGAGUGCUGAAAAUCGCCCUGGAUCCAGCUGCUCUAGCACAAUUCGACAACAGCGCCAUCAUCGAGGCUGCACGCCUGCUUGCCGAUGCCAAAGUUGACGUGAUCGGCUGGAGCGGGACGUCGUCAGGGUGGCUCGGCUUCGACGCAGACGUCAAGCUAUGCGAGGAAAUCACGGCCGCGACCGGCAUCCCGGCGACAACAUCGGUCCUUGGCCUCAAUCGACUCAUCAAGCGCCUCGGGAUUACGGAGAUGGGACUACUGACGCCCUAUACCGACGACGUGCAGUCAGCCAUCAUAGAGAAUUACCGCAAGUUGGGGGUGGACUGCUCGGUGGAACAUCAUCUGUGCCAGUCCGACAACAGAGGCUUUGCCAACAUCUCGGAGAAGACGCUCGAUGACGGGUUCUGGCAGUUGGCUCAGCGAGGAGCAGGCGUCAUCAGCGUGUUCUGCACGGGGCUCAAGGCAGCGCAUCUGGUGGACAGGUGGGAGGCCAAGGCUGGUGUCACCGUGUUGGACACCGUUGCGACGGUGGUCUGGGACAUGUGUCGGAUUGCAGCAGUGGACACGAGAUCGAUUCAGGGCUGGGGGAUACUAUUUCAACAAUGUUGA